AUGAGUUCUUCAACAGAAAAUAGUACAUGUGCUAUUUGCUUGGGUAAUGUGACAAAAGGGCAAGCCAUCUUUACAGCCGAGUGCUCCCAUUCCUUCCACUUCAGCUGCAUUGGCAACAGUGUCUCACAUGGCAAUUACAAUUGCCCUAUUUGCCGUGCCAAAUGGAAUUGUCUCCCUUUCACUAUGCCCAACUUCGACGCUAACAUUCCUCUCCCACAAAUCCCUACUUCCUUCUCCAAUGUUUCUCAACAACAGGUGCUGCCACCCCCUCCAUCUGAGCGCGAGUCCCUAGUUUUCUCUGAUGAUGAACCCUUACCCACAAUCACAGAUGAUCCUACAUCUUCUGCUUCACUUACUGGUCUUCAAAGUGUCAAUAUAAAGUCCAUUCCCGAGCGGCCCGUGAUUGCGGCUUCAGAAUCCAUCUCUCCAUUUGCUGUUCUUGUUGGAGUACGUGCACCUCCAUUUUCAGAUAAUGCACGUCACCUUGAGCGUGCACCUAUUGACCUUGUUACUGUACUAGAUGUUAGUGGUAGCAUGUACGGAUCAAAGUUGCGUCUUCUGAAGCGUGCUGUUCUCUUUGUCAUAGAUAACUUGGGCCCGUCUGACCGACUUUCGAUAGUUUCUUUCUCGUCUGCUGCUCAGAGAAUCUUUCCCUUGCGUAGAAUGACUGGAAAUGGCCGUGAAGAUGCUAAAAGGGCUGUUGAUUCACUUCAAGCUUGUGGUUUGACUAAUAUUGUGGAAGGCCUGAAGAAGGGGGUUCGGGUCCUUGAAGAAAGGCAUCAAUGGAAUCCAGUUGCUAGCAUCAUAUUCUUAUCUGAUGGGAAGGAUACUUGUUACCAUAGGUCAAUGUUUCAAAAUUCCUCAAAUCCAGGACAAAAUCCCGAAUAUCUACAUCUUUUGCCUGGUUCCAUCUGUCCUAGAAACAGGGGAAGCCAAGAUGGAAGCCAACAUCAAACAUUUCCAGUCCACACAUUCGGUUUUGGUACAGAUCAUGAUCCUGUUGCUAUGCAUGCCAUUUCUGAUGAAUCAGGUGGCACCUUCUCCUUCAUCGAGUCUUACGAAAUGGUGCAAGAUGCUUUUGCAAGCUGUAUAGGUGGUCUUCUAAGUGUGAUGGUUCAAGAAAUGCAAAUAACUGUGAGAUCAGCAUCAAAUAGUGUGGAAAUCAUAUCAAUUCCUUCCGGAAGAUAUGGAAGUGAGAUCUCUGAUCAAGGAUGUCAAGCAGUAAUCAAUGUUGGGGACUUGUAUGCAGAAGAGGAAAAAGAAUUUCUGGUCAACUUGUCAGUUCCAGUACUUCGAGUUGCUGUAGAUGAAGAAAAUGAGGGAAAGACAUCGCUUUUAGAUAUAGUGUGUUCUUAUAGAGAUGUUGUGUCAAAAGAGAUAGUCCGUGUAGAAGGUGACCUAGUCGAAAUACGUCGACCGAAAGUUGUGUCCCCUGCAGAAACCACAGUUAACUUGGAAGUGGAUCGACAGAGAAAUCGCCUGUCGGCAGCAGAAGGUAUUGCAGAGGCUCAAAGGAUUGCAGAGACUGGAAAUCUAAGUGAUGCGCGGGAUGUACUGACGACAAGGAGAACAAGAAUUCGUGCUUCAAUGUCUGCCCAAGCAGGGGAUGGUCUCAGUAACUGGCUUGAAUCCGAGCUUAAAGAAACUGAACGAAGAAUGGGAAGUCGUGAGUUGUAUAACCUAGCAGGGCGAGCUUAUGCACUCUCAGGAAUGAGCUCACAUGCUUAUCAAAGAGCCACAACUAGAGGGAGUGUAGUGCCCGGAGCAGAAGCACAGAGAAACUCGAGCUCUGCUAGUGCUGUCCCUACUAAUUUAGCUGCUUCAGAUGCAAAUAAUGCUAGUUUUAGUGCAUACACAACUCCCAAUAUGGCCCAUAUGGUGAAUAAAUCUAUGCAACUCAACCAGUCAAGGGCUCCGGCUUCGGCCCCUGGCUCCCACUCAGACUCCAACAGUCCAACUCCAACUCCACAUGAAUAG